AUGCCGUCUCUUACCUCGACCGCUGCCCUCCUGGCUCUUGCGGCCACCUCGACCUUCGCACUGACCUCGACAUCGACCAAGUCUGACCUCGACGGCUCCGUCUGGAAGGCUCUCGAAGGCACCAGCCAGCCUCAAUCUCGCGCCGCGUUCGCCGGUCCCCAGCAGCGCAACCGCCCGACCAAGCGCCAGUCCGGGUGGAACCCGCCCUCGGAGCUGUCAGGCGCGCUGACCGAGGUCUGGGAGCACUACGAGAAGACGUACGACGGGUCCGUGUUCAACAACAAGAACUGGGGAUGGGACCAGGUGGUCGCGAAUAACGGAUCCCUCAACAUCUGCGUCCGCUGGGACUCGACCGCCUCCGUGACCGCCGCGCAGCGCACCAAGAUCGCCAGCGUCUACGCCGCGCAGUACCAAAAGUGGUUCAAGUGGGUCUACGGCUUCGACGGCUUCCCCUAUGCCAACGUCGACGUCAACAUCGUCGGCUGGGCCGUCCGCGACGAGGCCCUGCUGCAGGGCUCCACCGACGACGUCGACGUCUACACGUCCUACAAGGACGGCGAGGGCGUCCCAACCUGCGCGCCGGCCUGCGAUCGCGCCGCGCACCUGAACGGAGAUUUCAGCGCGUGCAAGGGCGGCGAGGGCAGCCACUUUGACCACUCGCUCUGGCUGACGGACGGGCUCGAGGGUGGCUUCGGGUACGACUGGGGGCAGCAGGUCGGCCGGGAAUAUCUGCUGAACAACAUUGAUUCCGGGAGCGUGCACAUUCUGCUACACGAGAUGGGUCACACGUUUGGUCUGGAUGACUACUGGACCCCGACCGGCCAAUCCAAGUUCAUCAUGCUCGCCGGCUCCUCAAUGGAAAUCACCGACUUUGACGGCUGGAUGUACCGCAACUGGUGGUACGAGCUCUCCAAGAACCGCGGCUGGACGAAGUCGUCCUCGUCCAACUCCGGUGCCACUGCAUCGGCAUCCGCCUCCGCCUCCGCCGCACCGACUGUCAAGGAAGAGGCCGUCGCGAGCCCCACUCCGGCGCCCGUUCAGACCUCCGCACCCAUCGUCGCCGAUCCCGAGACCACCGCCCCUGCCGCGGCAGAGCCCAGCGCACCCGCUGCGGGAGACUCGGAUGCCGAGUCGGGCGUCACGGUCGCGCGGUGGGGCCAGUGCGGCGGUGGUGGAUACGCUGGUACGACGGUCUGCGCCGCUGGGCUGACUUGCGUCAAGACAAACGAGUGGUACUCGCAGUGUCUGUAA